GAAAACUGCCACAAAACCUGGGAAAAAAGGUGUGAAGCAGUUCAAGAAUAAGCAGCAAGGGGAUAAAAUAUCAAAGAACAAAUUCCAGCAGGCAAAUAAAUUCAACAGGAAGAGAAAAUUCCAGGCAAACAGUAAAAAUGAUGAGUCAGCAGCCAAGAAACCCAAAUGGGAUGAGUUCAAAAAAAAAGAAGAAAGAACUGAAGCAGAGCAGGCAACUCAGUGAUAAAACCAACUAUGACAUUGUUGUUCAGGCAAAGCAGAUCUGGGAGAUCUUAAGAAGAAAAGAUUGUGACAAAGAAAAAAGAGUGAAGUUGAUGAGUGAUUUGCAGAAGUUGAUUCAAGGGAAAAUUAAAACUAUUGCGUUUGCACAUGAUUCAACUCGUGUGAUCCAGUGUUACAUUCAGUAUGGCAACGAAGAGCAGAGAAAACAGGCUUUUGAAGAACUGCGAGGUGAUUUGGUUGAAUUAAGUAAAGCUAAAUAUUCCAGAAAUAUUGUUAAGAAGUUUCUCAUGUAUGGGAGUAAGGCACAGAUUGCAGAGAUAAUGAGAAGUUUUAAAGGCCAUGUGAGGAAGAUGCUGCGGCAUGCGGAGGCGUCCGCCAUUGUGGAGUACGCCUACAAUGACAAAGCCAUCUUGGAGCAGAGGAACAUGCUGACAGAAGAGCUUUAUGGGAACACGUUUCAGCUUUACAAGUCAGCAGAUCACCCAACUCUGGACAAAGUAUUAGAGGUACAGCCAGAAAAGCUAGAGCUUAUCAUGGAUGAAAUGAAACAGAUUCUAACUCCAAUGGCCCAGAAAGAAGCUGUGAUUAAGCACUCACUGGUGCAUAAAGUAUUCUUGGACUUUUUUACCUAUGCACCCCCAAAGCUGAGAUCAGAAAUGAUUGAAGCCAUCCGAGAAGCAGUGGUAUACCUGGCGCACACACACGAUGGCGCCAGAGUGGCCGUGCACUGCCUGUGGCACGGCACGCCCAAGGACAGGAAAGUGAUUGUGAAAACAAUGAAGACUUAUGUUGAAAAGGUGGCUAGUGGCCAAUACUCCCACUUGGUUUUACUGGCGGCAUUUGAUUGUAUUGAUGAUACUAAGCUUGUGAAGCAGAUAAUCAUAUCAGAAAUUAUUAAUUCCUUGCCUAACAUAGUAAAUGACAAAUAUGGAAGGAAGGUCUUGCUGUAUUUGCUAAGCCCCAGAGAUCCUGCACACACAGUACGAGAGAUCAUUGAAGUUCUGCAGAAGGGAGAUGGUAAUGCACACAGUAAGAAAGAUACAGAGAUCUGCCGACGAGAGCUCUUAGAAUCCAUUUCUCCAGCUUUGUUAAGCUACCUGCAAGGACACGCCAAAGAGGUGGUGCUGGAUAAGUCUGCGUGUGUGCUGGUGGCUGACACCCUGGGAGCUGCCACUGGAGAUGUGCAGCCCGCCAUGAAUGCCAUUGCCAGUUUGGCAGCGGCAGAGCUGCAUCCUGGGGGCAAGGAUGGAGAGCUUCAUGUUGCAGAACAUCCUGUAGGACAUCUUGUUUUGAAGUGGUUAAUAGAACAAGAUUCAAAGAUGAAAGAAAGUGGAAGAGAAGGUUGUUUUGCAAAAACACUCGUAGAGCAUGUUGGUAUGAAGAACCUGAAGGCCUGGGCUAGUGUCAAUCGAGGAGCCAUUAUUCUUUCAAGCCUUCUCCAGAGUUCUGAUCAAGAAGUUGCAAAUAAAGUCAAAACUGGACUGAAAAACCUGAUUCCCACAUUGGAAAAAACCAAAAACGCCAGCAAAGGGAUAGAAAUGCUACUUGAAAAACUGACUGCCUAGGUGGAAACAGUUAAGAACAAGUUGGAGUCAUUUUUCCUCUUCUGUUUUCCCAGCGCAGAAAAGAAGGGCUAGGGUCCAUCUUUCUUGGUAAUUUGAGUGCUCUGUAUAUGUGUUUCUUCUUUGUAUAAGAAUCUAUUUAUAAAAUAAUUUCUAAAAAUGGCCUU